GGAAAUUAUAUUAUUUAGCUUUUAACAAAAGAAGUAAGAAUAGAAGGGAAAAGAAAUAAAGAAUAAAAUAAAACCAAAGAGAUAGGAAGUGUGCUCGUGCGUCGCGUAGAUCACGCGAGUGCAUACCCUCUGAGAACGAGGCCCUCGGGAAUCGUCGCCUUCGUCUGGGCCUUUUCCAUCCAAUCCUUUUUUGCUCGAUUUUUCCCUUCACUUCCGGCUUAUCAUCGCUAAACUGCCUUUUCCCCCCUCCACCACGCCUCUCCAACCUCGCCUCUCCUCUCUUCCCCCCUUUCUUCAAUAUUAUUGUCUACCAUUUAAUUCAUUUUGUAUUUUAUUUCCCUUUUCCCGCUUCCCCCCUGUCGCCGUGGGUCUCCUCGAGUCAACCCAUCCCUUCUCAAUGAUCGGAUAUGGCGUUCAACUUCAACUGGUCGCCGCUCAUGGCGGACGCGAGCUUCUACACUCGCGCCCAAGAGCUCUUAACAGCGGCUUUGAAUAAAUCGCCGAAACCUCCCAUCAUCGUCGACGACAUCAUCGUAACCGAGCUUAAUUUGGGCUCCAUUCCGCCCGAUCUGGAAAUCCUGGAGAUUGGUGAUUUAGCGGAGGAUCGCUUUCGAGGCAUCUUCAAGAUGUCCUACACCGGGGAUGCCUUCCUGACUCUCAAAACGCGCGUUCAGGCGAAUCCUCUCAAUACCUACCUGAUUACAAGACCCUCGUUUGCCUCGCCGUUACCCUUGGCUGCAGCAACUCCUCUCACCAUUCCUCUUCAAAUCACUCUAUCCGAUUUCAAGCUAUCCGGCUUUGUCAUCCUGGUCUUUUCGAAGCAAAAAGGAAUUACCGUUGUCUUCCGAAACGAUCCACUCGAAUCGCUGAAGGUUUCGUCCACAUUUGAUUCGAUUCCGUUCGUGCGCGACUUCUUGCAGAGGGAAAUCGAGGCCCAGUUACGCAUCUUGUUUAUGGACGAGCUACCCGCCAUUAUCCAUCGGUUAUCCCUGCGACUGUGGGUUCCAGAGUACCGCGCCGGCGAGGAAGUGCAAAAUCAAACGGACAAGGUAGCGGGUGAGGGCCCUGGUCAAGAUCCAUUGGCUAGCCCUCCGCAGGAUCCCGUAGAUUCGUUGGGUAACGCUUUGGACGAGUCGGAAAUCGCCUCUCUCUCAUUGGAUUCCUCCGUCGAGGCGCAUUCCUUGUUCUCGCAGAAGAACCUCCUACGACUGGCGGCUCUUACAGAUUCCCAGCGAACAUUAUCUCUUUUCACCCCUUCCAUUCAGGAAGUAGUUUAUCGCGCAUGGACAUCGCCCUCCGACCAGAGCGACCUGAAUGGCCAUUCGACAUCGCCUUUGAGCCCCAUGCUUUCCAGAACCCAUUCUCAGGUGGGAAGCAUGUCCUCCUUCCAGGAUAGCGCCAGCAUAGUAUCGGCCCACAGUCGAUCUUCAGCUUCGACACAUACGUUCAGUGGCUAUGGCUUGAACCUGGGGGCCGGUCGUCACUCAAAAGCACAUUCCAGGAAACGUAAGAAGCGUGUGGUGGAUCUGCGACGCCCGAAAGCUAGCGAGGAUGCGGCGAGUGUGAGCGAUGAAAGUUCCUUUACGGAGACUGCUAGCAGCCCGUCCGUGUGCUCGGCGCCCCUACCUGUGCUUAACGAACAGCCUGAUGACCCGAUCACGCCACCCUUGUCGCCGGAAAGCGAUUUCCGCCUUCCUGCGAUACCCGAGCGGCACCGCCCCAGCAUCUCGCGCCCUAUGCCUCGCCGCGAUAUUGCGACCGAUAUGCUUCGGGAGACUGGAGUAUCUUCCACUGAGCCUCCUCGACCCCGCGCCGAACCCAAAGAUGUGGACGCAACUCCCCGAGGUAGUGUCCGCGCUUACAUCGCCGCCCGACGUGAAAGUGAGAAACAGGAUUCUGGUCCCUCACGACAGCUGCCUUCGUCUAUCCUGCCAUUCACCGACGAGAAACCUAGCGCCAAUACCGUGGACCAGGCCUUGGUUGAGAGACUGGCAGGAGAAAUUGCUCGUCGAAUGCGGGACGAGAAACUUCUGCCCACCAACUCAUGUAGUGGUGCGUUCUGGGGCCGUCCUGACCACGAAGAAUAUCCCCCACCGGCAUAUGGCCAGUGAUCAUCUUCUUCCAUGCAAGAGAUCUUGAUCAUAUUCGAGAACUCUUCACACUCAUUCUAUUUUCCUUUGUUCCUCCAGCGAGUUUUGCGGUGUUAAUGACUUGAUACGACCUAACUUU